CUUCACACACGCACAGAAACGCGCAUUAUCGUUCAUCUCCGUCUGAUCCCCCGACCGCCGCCGCCUCCUCCGCCGCGUUACUCGUUUCGUGUGUGUGUGUGUGUUUUUUUUUUUAUUUAUUUUUUUUCGAAUUUUUUUCCAUUAUUAUUAUUAUUAUAGGUACUACUACUACUACUACUACUACUACUACUACUACUACAACACUACAGUGUACCGGCCGUAGGUACCUAUAGAAUAAUAAUAAUAAUAAUAAUAAAAGAAGAAGUAUUAACAAUAAUAAUAAUAAUAUAAUAAGUAAUCGUAUUAUUUUUAUGUUUAUGUUUACGUUGGUUUUUUUUUUUUUUUCUCGUCGCAAUUUUAACACUAAAUUCAUUAUUUAUUUCGUACGCGUACUUAUCGCCGCGCCAGCCCGCCGCAGAAUCGUCGGACCCGCUUUUCGGCAGCAAACCGUCUCGUACUUCGCAGCCGCCGCCGCCGCCGCCGACGUAUUAUUAUCACCACCGCCGUCGUCGGAUAAGUGCUGCUCGUCGUUAAACUCACGUCGGGACGGCCAUUAUUGUGACCGACGAGUACAGUGCGCCCUUUUUUUUUUUUUCUUUACUACUCUCCGUCACCGUGUCUCCGUGUCCGUAUCUACGUGCGCGCGUGCGUCGUCACAAUAAUAAUAUAUAAAUAAUAAUAACACUACGUACGGAUAGAUAAGUAGAUAUAUACAUAUACCUAUAUAUAUAUAUAUAUGUAUAUAAUAUAAAUAUAUACAAUAUAUACGGAGAGAGAAAGAGAUACGUGUGCGCGUAUGUAUGUUGUACAUAUGUACAUAAUAUUAUAUACGUUUUAUACUACCCGUUCGAAACUCAAACGGAAAAUAUAAUCUCAUAGCCGGCCGAUGGCGUAGGCAGCAGCGAGUGUCUGUCAAUCAGCGUAGCCGAUCUCCACAGUUCUGGCAAGACACAUUUAGAGGAAUUGUCACGAUUUCCGUGAGUACCAAAAAAAAAAUAAAAUAAAAUCAACCACCUAUCGUAAAUACAUACGUUUAACUGUCUAGGUGGUUGCCCUACGGUAGGUGCUGUAGGUAUAUUUCGAGUUUUUUACCGUUAGACGUCGAUUUUUUUCUGAGCUCGGCCGAUUGUGUACACUCGAGUAUUGAUAAUUCAAUAUUGUAGCAUCUCUUUAGCGUUUUUCUUUCUCGUCUUUUGGCAGAUUUGUACUACCUACAGUCACGCCGUGAUGCAUUCGAUACGCUGAGUUCAACCUAUUAGCAAUGAGCCAAAACAUGGGUGGCAUGGCCCCUUAUGUCACGUAAGUGUUCCUUUUUUAUAUUCUGAGGGCAUUUUGUGCUUUGGGUAGGUGCGUUCCUAUAAAUGUUGUUUAUUUUUUGGUAUAGGUUACCGAGAGGCCGUAAUCAAAUGCCAUAUUACAACCAGUGUCAAGACAUGCCGCCGCACAUGCAAAGAGGCCACUGUUAUCCGGAUGAUUUCAACAAAAUGGGUGGACCGUGCUCGUACGUAUAAUAUAUUAUUAAACACUCAAAUUUGUAUUGAUUAGAAUGUAUACUAUGACAGUUUCAAGAUUACGUAUUAUCAAAAUAUCUAAUAAUAAUUUAAAAUAUAUAAAGAUAAACUUUUAAAAGAUCAGUUUAAUAUUAUAAAUUCAGUUCAUUAGUAUUAUUGUAAAAACUAAGAAAACUAAAAUGACUAAACAAUUUUCAAAUCAAAUUAUUCAAGACCAGUUCAACUUUCAGUUAUGCUGCCUAUCUAUUAUUUAUUAAAAUUAUCAGGUACCUUUAAGAAUGUUUUAUUUUUUUAUAUGAAUACCUAUUUAAUAUUAAUUAAUCCAAUUUUUCGGUGUAUUCUAGUCUCUAGAACUUUCCCGUCUCACGACCAAUUCUCCAACUAUUCAUUGUCAAAAUUCUUUAGUUAAAUCCACCUAAAGUUUCCACUUAUUUUGUAACCACAUCAUCUAAUGUCAUUCUUGGUCUUUUACCUACAUAGUUCUUUUCCAGCACUCCUUGUAGUAACAGGUUUUGACUUCUAAAACUUAUAUAAUACUAACAUAUUUAAUUUCAAGUAAUUAUGUAAGCUUACUAUGUUUUAGCAAAUGUUAAUUAUUAUUUUUCAAUGAAUAAAAUCGUUUUUUGAGCUUAAAAAUUUUUAAAGAUAGAAAUUUGAAUAUAAAAUUAAAUUUAUUAUAGUUAAACCGGUGAAAAUACUGUGAUUUGAAAGUAAAAUAAAGUAAAGUUUUUAUAGAUAAUGAGCAAGAUUUUAAAAUUACCAUAAAGUCUGAAUGUUGUAAAUAUAUAAUUUAUGUUAUUAAUUUCAGUAAAUAAUAAAUAUAUUUUCCAUAACUUUAUAAUAAAUAAAACCCAUCAUUGAAGUAUUAAAUGUAUUAUUCAUUAAUUCACAAAUAAUGUUGAUUAGAACUUGUUUUGCAACUUUAAAUAAAACAAUCAAUUUUAUUUUUAAUGGAGAAUUAUUAUCUUUAACUAGUUUUAUGACUUAAUGUUUAUUAUUAUAACCUAUUAGUUAAGAGCGGACAUAUUUUUCAUAUGGUACUGAACAAUUAUACUUAAAAAGCUAGUACCUUGUGAUUUCAAGUGUUAAAUUUUUAUUUAAUAUGAUUCAAUCGUAUACCUAUAUAGGUAGUUAAUUUAAUUUUGUUUUUAGAGUUUAUUCAUGAUACUCAAGUCUCAUAAUUAUCUUUGAUUUUUAAUUUUUGCAGUAUGUUACCCAUGGGCAAUGAGUUCAAAUCUCCAAUGAUGACUCCGGAUCCACCACCACCACCUCCAGCUAAAAAGAAGCGGCGGACUUCUAAUGCAGCCACUGUAACCAAUCACCCACCCCAACCACCACCACCAUCACCGCAAGAUUUACUUCCACCUCCUUUAACAGGUAAAUUGUGAAUUAUUUAUUAUGUAGUGCUUAUUUAAAAUAUAGCAAGAGUUAAAAAUAUUAUUUUUAGUGAUGGGCAUUUACCCGGUAAAUAUUUUUUUUGGAUAAUUAGGGUGAACUUAUUUUUUAAUACAAAAACUCAAUUCAUGGUUACUGCAAUACUCCAUUAUGAUUAAUACUCCAUUUCCUGAAUUUUCCACGGUUUUCCAGAUUGGAUUAUCAGAGUAAAUAAAUUAUAUUUAUUAAGUUUUUAUUAAGAUCAUUAAUUUGGAUUCAAUACCCUUUUUAAGAAAAAAUAAAGUAUCAUAAAAAAAAACGAUAACUAAAAAUUUUAAUACAAAAUGUGUAUUUAAUAUGUUAUUUAAUAUUUAUAUUACCUUUAAAACUUUUAUUAUCAGUCUUCCCUUGUUUUUUAUUAGAAAGUUUUAUCUAAAUGAGAUUAAAGAAAAAGUAUGUACCCAAAUUUUAAAUACCUGAAAUAUUUACCAAUACACGGCACAUCACUAAUUAUUCUCCAUAGAAUUAGGAACUAAAUUAUGUUGGGUUUUGUCUGAUAACCUAAAAAUGUACUAACUACUUGUACUUGUAUUACUUAAAAAGAUAGACCGAUUUUUUUUGUUAUGGAUGUAAAAAAUUGAAGAAAAUUAUGACACGGAGUCUAGACUUGGAACUAAUAGGAGAAUUAUGUAAGGAGUAGAGGAUUAGUAACUAAAGACAUAUGUACUUAUAUAAAAUGACACUUAUUAGAAUAAUAUAUUCUUAUUUAGACCUUUGCCUUAGUUUCUUAAAUCAAAAUAAAUUAACCAAAAAGAUAUAAUAGGUAUUUUAUGUACAGUUGCACACCAAUAUUUGUUUUACUUACUUUUCACGAUCCAUAUUGUAACACGUUCAGUAUUUUGCUUUUUCUUAUUUUGGUGUCUAUCUGCUUAUUUUAUCAUUCAUUUCAUUUACUUAAUAAAAUUAAUUCAUUAUCAACAUUUUGUUAAUGUGAUAUAUUAUAAUAUUAUAAACCCAAUCGAACUCUACUAGUUCACAGUUGUAAAUAACUUUAAACUUUUAUAGACAUAAUUUAUUUAAAUUAAUGUGUACAUCUAGUGUAAAUUUUUAUUUAUUCUUAUAGAUUAUACCUAUUAUAUUCAAUUAAAUAAUUAUUGUUUUAAAUAUUUAUCAAUUAUGCUAAUAUACUUAACAAUGUCUUCUAUAAAAUAUUUUUAUUUUAGAAAAAGAGCAAUUAUAUUAUUCAACUGUGUAUUGAAAGACGACUGAUAUUUAAGGCAAACUGAUGUAAAUCUAAUACGAAAACUUAAAAUGCUGAAUUAUGGUUAUGAACUUCUUAUAUUUUCUUAAAAAUAUCAGUUAAACUAAAAGUUCCCAAACAUUUUCAAUAAAAUCCAUUUUGGAAAAUGAUAACAUUUUAACAACUUUCCCACUAAUAAUCAGUUUUUUUUUACAAAUUAAGAAUUUUUAUUAAUAAUAUUUAAUUUUUAGAUAUUCAUAUCGACAAUUUUCUACACACUGUAUUAAUUCUGUUCACUAUUUACGCAUAAUUGCCACAGACUGUGAUACACAAUUAAUUAUCAAAUGAUAUCAAGUGAACACGAAGAAAAAGUAUAUCGAAAAAUGUUUAAUUGUACUCAAAAUAUAUAUUUAUUUUCUAAAAAGUUUAUUAUUUUAUAUAGUCCAAUUAUUAAUUUAAUAUUAUAUAAAAAAAAAUUCAAACAUUUGGGUCGUGACCCAGAGUUCACGAAAUUCGAGUUAUACAUGAUAAGCUAUUUUGGUAUUCUAAAUUGCUUUCUAAAGUAAUCGAUUAAUUUAAAAAUGAAGCCAGUAUACCUAUUUAUUAUACAUUUUAUAACGAUAUAAUGAAAUUAAAGCAAUAAAUUAUAUUUUUAAAAAUAUGUAGCCUGUGAUUUUAUCCAAAAGCAUGAUUUACAUCAGUUAUUUGUUUACACGUCUGCCUUAGAGAGUCUUUCGAUUUUAAUCUUUUUUUUUUAAUGAAGACAUCUUAUUCAAUUGGUGCAUUUUAUUUGGAUUUUGAAAAUAAUAUUUCCAAGCUACAUUAUAAUACAAAUUUGAAUGAAGGAUGAUAUAUGAUAAAUUUUAAUAUAUUUUAACUAGGGGUUUUGCCUUUGCCCAACUUGCUUCACUCAUAAAUCCCCAUAACUAAUGGUUACACUAUUAGUAUAAAAUACAAGGAUGAUAUAAAGAUCAAAACUUCUUAAGGUCGUUUUUACAAUUUCUUUACAUUUUAAAUAACUGUUCAUUAAGCUACAGUUUUAUGUAGCAAUGACUUUGACAUCUCAUGUUUAAUAUAAAUUACAAUGUCCUGUUAGCACUAACCAUCAGUUAAUUUAUAAAAAAAAAAUAUGAUAACAGUUUGUUAUUUUAUUUUAACUAAUAAUAAAAUAAAUUCAAGAUUUUCAAGGAACAAACUGAUACGUAUAGAUAUAAAUUAGUAUUUAAAAGCUGUAGAUAUUAUCAAUUUGUACAGAAAUUAGACUGUUGUGUAUACUGAAAUUUUUUCGGUAUGCACUUAUCUUUUCAUAAAGCUAAAAUACUUUUUUUCAAUCAAGAGAAACCAAUUUUUAAUACUAGACAUUAAAAAAAAAAAAAAAAAAAAAACCGUUUAUAUCGCUUCACUAAUAAAAUAAUCGGUUCUUAUCAGUAGCUGCCUACUUGGAACAAACAACAGUUGUUAAAUAUACUUAAUCAAUAUUGCUAGUCUAAUACUAUAGCUGCGACUGGCGACUACUAUCAACUUGAGGAAAUAUUGAAAUAUAUUAUAUUUUAUUAUUAUGGCCACAUUAAAUCAUUAAAACCUGGGUAUAUACAUUUUAAAACAGUUGGCCAUUUCUAUACAGGGUGAUCAAUCUAUUGUAAACACUCGUUAUCUUGGAAAGUAUUUGCUUUUUCUGGAUUUUGUUUUCUAGAAUAUUUAAAAAAAACAAGCUCCUCUACAAUUUUAUAUUUAUGUUAUUUCUGGGUGGUAAAACCACACCUAUUUUUGAUUUUAAAAUGACAACCUAUAUUAAAAAUACCAUAAAUAGACAAAGUAUUAGUUAAAAUAAAUUGUUGUGUUGUAAUUUUUGAUUUCCGUCAAUCCGUUGAUAAGUUAUUCUACUUUUAAAUUUGGGUUGGAGGAGAGUAGUGGGGUAUCAUUUGUGUGGCAGUACAUCGUGCAGCAUGUUAAUAAUGCACCACCACUUUCCCACAACCCAAAUUUAAAAGUGGAAUAUCUCGUCAACGGAUUUAUUUUUAAUAUGGUUUAUCAUUUGAAAAUCAAAACUAGGUAGUGGUUUUACCCCUCAUAAAUAAGUGUGACAAAAAAUAAAACAAAUAUACAAUUAUAGAGCAGCUUGUUUCUUAGAUAUUCUGGAUGCUAAAUUUUGGAAAAAGUUAAUACUUUCCGAAAUAAUGAGUGUCUUAUGAUAGAUAGAUAUAUUGUUUUUAUCACUAAUAAUUUAAUCUUAUCGUUUUUAAUUUCGUACCGUUAUUUUUUUUUUUUUUGGUUGUUUCUGUUAUGGUAACACUGAUAACAUAGAUUAGGUUAAGGAGUUAUCAUUGUACGACGACACUCUGACUUUCGUCCACAAUGACACUCGUGAGACGUGCAGUCGUGUUCUAGCUUCUAGCUCUCAUGAUUUGUAUUUAUUAUAAUAUAUGAGAAAAAAAAGAACAUAAAAAAUGUUGCUGAUAUUCAACAGAUCAGGUGGUUUGUGCCUGGAGGAAAUGUGGUUGAAAAUUAUAAAUAAACAAAAGAUACAGAUCUAUUCAAAGGCAACAGAAACAGAUAAAAAAGAAAACGAAAUACAGGUUGCUCGUUUAUUAAAUGUUGGGUUGCGAUGAUCUAAAAUUGUAUAAUACAAUUAAAAAAGAAGUGAAAACUGCGGACACUACAUUGAAAUCUCUGGAUGAAUAUUACAGACCUAAAGUUAAAGAAAUUAUGAUACACAUCAAGUUCUUCAGUCGUAAACAAAAAGAAUGUGAACAUUUUGAUGUUUGGUAUAUGGAUUUAAAAAAAAUUAUAAAAGGAUGUAAUUUUGGUGAGGUGGGGAACAAAAUUUUAAAAACACAAAUAAUAUUGGGAAUAUAUGACAAGGAAAUACAGACAAGGCUAUUAAGAGAUGAUGUUUCUUUGAUAAAUACAAUAGCAAAUGGAGAAGAUAAAACAGUACAUGAAAUUAAUAAUGGAAAUCAAAUCAGAAGGAGCAGAAUCGUGGAUACAAAUGGAACUAGAGUAAAGUGGCACAGAAUCAGUCAAAAAGAGACAAUAAGAAGGAUCAUGCAGUUGGUAAAUCCACCAUAGAGUCAAGUAAUCUAGAGAAUAAUAAUAAUUGUUUUAAUUGUGGUUCAAGACUUGGUAUAGAAAUUUUCUUAAAUUCAAUAAACUCUGUAGAAAUUGUAAUGGGUAUAUGAUUUUGCUAAAAUGUGUGUAUAUAAAAAAGUAUAAAAAAUAUUUUAAAAUAAUUUAAUUAAGAAAACCGCAGAAAUUAAAUUGGAUACUAAAAAGGAAAUGUAUUUUCGGUUGAAUCAGUUGUGAAAAUAAAAUCAAUAAAAUAUAAGUGGUGUAAUAGGUUUAAUAAACAGAAAAGUGGUUAACUUUAAAGUGGAUAGGAGAACUGAGUUGAAUAUAUUAUCAUAAAAUAAUUGUAAUAGACUAUGAUUACAAAAAAUAAUAAAAGGGAUGAAUAUAUUAAUAGAGAAUUAUGGAGGAUUUAAAAUGAAACCGGUUGGAAGGCUAGAAGUGUUUUUUUCUCUAUUUGAUAAUUCUGUUGAAGUUAAAUUUAUAAUAGUAGGUAAAUCAUAUAAUACUAAGUCGAUACUGGGUUUACAAACACUUAUGACAUUGGAGAUGUUAAAAAAUGUUCAUAUUAUAUCAAAUGAUAAUGUAGAAUUUAAAAGAGAUAAAUAUAUUGAGAAUCAUUUGAUGUAUUCAAUGGUAUUAGUUGUUUCCCUAAUAUUUGUAGUUAAAAAUUGAAAGACUGAGCAAUACCAAAGGACUUGUAUGAAAAUGAGAUUCAUCUCAUUUUCAUAUACUUUCAAGUAUUUAAACAAGUUAAGUCAUAAGUAUACUCUAUUCCAAAUAAGAUUGAAUCGCUCGUCCGACCAAAUUUGGUCUUGUUCGCACAUCCCCACCAUAAAACAAGCAUCAUACAUCGCUAACGACCUGCGCUAACUGUCUGCCAAUCACAGAACGUAUAGCUAUCGCCUGGGAGUCAGACAAUGUUCGGUGGCUCGAUCUGCAUGCGCAAAAGCAGUUCAAUCUUAUUCGGAAAAAACUAUAGAUUAGUUGUUUUGUUAUUUUAAAUUGAUUUUGUAAAUAAUUGUAAGAAUUAGUUAAGUCAUAUUUAGUUGAGUUUGUUCUAUUUCAAAAAAAAAUUAAUGUAAAAUAAUUUGUAUACAAUUUUGUAAUUUGUACUUUUACUAUUUAAAAUAAUUAUUAUAAUUAGUGUAAUUAUAUUAUUAGGAAGGGAAUGUUAUGAUAACACUGAUAACAUAGAUUAGAUUAAGGAGUUAUCUUUGUACGGCGACACUCUUGAAGUCGUGAUCUUGCUCUCUUCAUGAUUUGUAUAUUAUAAUAUAUUAAGGUCUACUCCUACUGCUGUUUUUUAAAAAAAAGUAUUACUCACAGUUAACACCUGAGCGUUAAUUAUUUUAAUAAUACCAAGUGUGCACAUUAUGACAGUUUCUUUUAAAUGUAUUAAUGGAAAUACAUUAAAAGUUAAUGUAAGACUUGCAUUAUAAGUACUAACUACUAAAUUUAAUACACAAUUUACACUUAAGUACGACAGUAUGUUAUAAAAUAAUUUGUUGUAGACAAGUAUGUACUCUACCAAGUUGAUAUAUCAUACAAUUUUGUACAGUUUGUUUUAUCACAAUAUGUUCCACAACUAUUAUUUAAGAUACUUUUGUAUAUAUCUGUAUUAAGAGAUAUUUAAUUAUUGUUUUUAGUAAACUCAUAAAAUAGAUCAAAUAUUGUAUUAAAAUGUCAAUAUUUGUUUAUUAAAUACCCAAUAAUUAAACAAAUCAGUUUUCUUUUUAGAUACAUAUCUAAUGAAAAAUCGAUAUAUAACGAUUCAAACUCCUUGAAAAUCUUGAUUUACUUUACACCGAACUCCAUGUCAUCUAUCUCAUAAGUUCUAUGUUGAUAUUGCUAAAUAAGUUGGCAUGAACAAAAAUCUACUGCUAAAUAUGAUCCAGCUAGUCGAGGGUUGAACGGGGCACUGCAACAACUUAACCCUUAGGGAUGGCUAUUUUUAUAAAUCUGCCUUUAUGGAAUAAAUGGUAAAUAAUAUUUUGGUACUUUUUCCAUUUUACUGAAAUUUUAAAGUCAUUAUUUAAAAUUUAUUUGUUAUAGUGAAAAAGUAUGAACAAAAAUAUACUUGUAUAUGUUAAGUAACUUAAUAAAUAAUAUGUAAUAUGGAUUAGAGUUUUAUUAACCUAGUUAAAUAAUGACUUAUAUUCAAUAAUUAUUCAUUAAAUGUUGGUUUCAUAUUUUGGCAAAUAAUUAAUUAAAAUUGAUCUUAUUGCAUAGAUUUUUUGUUUAGUCAUAUGAAUGCUAAUCUACUAAAUUUAGAUAAUAAUUUGUAUAAUAAUUUUUAUAUAUUUUAUAGGUUAUGGUGAUACUAUAGUUGCUUCAAACCCUUUUGACGAUACCCCUCCACCACAAGUGUUGAACAGUCAAAUGAACAGACAAAUGAUGAAUUCUCGUCCUAUGAUGUCUGGUAGCCCUUGCCAUCAAAUGGGCGGUUCACCUAUGAAUUGCGGUCCACCAAUGGGUAGUCCGAUGGGCGGCCCAUGUGGUAGUAGUCCACACAGAAAUCCAAUGGUCUGUGGUCCACCUAUGAUGAGUUGUGGGGCGCCUGGCAACAGUCCCCAUGCUCUGUCAAUGAAUCGAAGUCCAUCUGCUAUGGGAAGUCCUCAUAUGGUGCCAAAUAUGCGUGGCAAUAGUCCUAUGGAAUGUGCUGCCAUGGUAAAGCCAUCGCUGAAUUGUCCUUCGCCCAUGGGCAGUCCCAUACCUCAAAACACCAAUAUGAACAUACACCCACCAAUGUCUAGUCCCAUGACAAUGGGCCCUUCACCACUCAAUGGUCAUCCCAACUCAGGACCUGGCGGCAGCCCCAUGAUGAUGGGUCGAGGGGGUCCUUCACCUUUGACGAAUAGCCCUAUGUCUAUGAAUAUGCCAGUAAAUUCGUCGGAUAUGAACGAAAUGAACCCGCACAUGUCAGUUGACAAUAACGGGUGUCAAGUACGUGGGCCACCUUGUCCGGGUUCUAACAAUAUGCCAUCCGUUUCAAUGGGUUGUAGGCAACCAAUGUCAAACCAGCAGUGCAAUAGUAUGCCGGGCCCCAGUAAUAUGAUGAACUGUCCCAGAGGUAUGCCUUGUCCCCAAAUGAUGAGGGGUCCACCUCAACCUUCUGAACAACACAGACUUAUGCCCCCUAUGAUGCAUCAUCCUCAAAUGCCCAAUAAUCAACAGCCAGGUGGUUAUGGACCUGGACCUACUUCUAAACCAAUGCCCGUAUCUGCUGGAAAGGUAAUUAUCACUUUUAAUAUAAAAUUUAUUAUUAAUAUUUUCGAUACAUUUAAGAUCUUUAUUCUGUUAUUGAUCGUCUAGUUUAUUUUUUUUGGUAUUUCAAUAUAAAUGUAUAUAAUUAAUAAUUAUAUAUAUUUAUGUAGUUAAAUUAAUAAUUUUAAUUUUACAAUUUAUUUAUUAACAUUUACUAAGGUUCAGUUUUCUAACUUUGAGUUUAUUUUUUAAUAACUAUGUGGUGAAUACAUUUAUUUGAUGUAUAAAUUUCCUAACAAAAUAUUAAAUUCUGUCUCUUAUUACUCAAAACUGAAUUUAUUUGCCAAGUACUUAAUUCUGAUAAUAAAAUAAUUAGAAUAUAGUAAUAAUAUGUGUUUGGAAUUGGAAUAAGCCAUAAAGAUUUUUAUUAUUAUCGGUUGAAAUAUGUUGUGGGUGGUUUUGAAAUAAUAUUGAAUCAACAAAUGCCUCUUAUAAUAUAAAAAAUCUCACUUUUAUAUUUCUCUGUUAUUAUUACAAUUAUGUAUUGUCAUAAUAUUAUGUUAUCAUCAUAAUCAUAAAUAGUGAUUAUAUUAUUAUUAUUUAGUCAUUAUUUCCAAAUACUAUUUAUUAUUUAUUAUUAUUUCUUUAAUAAUACAUUAUUAUGACUUCAAACAACAGCAACACAAAAAUUAAAAUAAACAAUCUAACAAAGUGUUUUGAAAGGACAAAGACAAGUUCUGGUUAAAAAUUAAUAAAUAUAAUCCAUUUACAUUAUGCUUUAUAGGUACAUACAUAUUUUAAACAACAUGAUGAUUUUUAUCAAAAAAUACAGAAAUUAUAUUUAUGUUUUAUGAAGAACAUUUGCUAACGAUGCUAAAAGUUGGAAAGAAUAUGAAGGAAUCACAUGAGUAUUAAAAGAAAGUAAAUUAAUCAAAACUAGAGACGGCAUAUAUGAAAAUGAUUGUAUCAGCUCAAGUAAAUUAGAGAGAGAGUUAUAUAAUAUAUUAAACAAAUGUCAGUUGAAGGAUUACCCGACUAAAAAUAUGAUCUCUCCACACAACCAUGUAGUUGAUUCUUACUCUAAUUAUAUAAAUUUGUCUUUGAUAAUCGAAUAACUCAAUAAAACCAUUUUCAUCAGUUUCAAAAUAACUCCAAUACAUUUAUUGUAAUGUGCAGCUGUUGGCACUUAAAUAUUUAAAAAUAAUAAAUAAAGAUCAGUUAAUAGAUGGUGAAUGAUAAAUAAUUAUAUCGUUGAUAAUAGUUAAUAUUUAUCAAGAUUACUUUAUUUGUUAAAUAAACUUUAAUACAGAUGAAAAAAUAAUUUAAAUUAUCCUUAUUUGGAUAUUGAAAAACCAAUUAUUAUCAAAUUAUUCUUAUUUUUUGAAUAACUUGUGCUAUUCAACAAAUCAGUUGAUUGAAAACCCAGGUUUAAUAAAGACUAAAACAAUAUGACCAGCUGAACAACACUUAGGUUGAAUAUUAUGUUUUACGAGAAUGUUUAAACAUUUGAUAUUGGUAAAUUUCAUUAUUAUUAUAUUGUUUCAGAUAUAUCCUCAUGAUCAACCAAUGGUGUUCAACCCACAAAACCCAAAUGCCCCACCAAUAUAUCCAUGUGGGAAUUGUCAUAAAGAAGUACACGACAACGAUCAAGCCGUGUUAUGUGAAUCUGGUUGUAAUUUUUGGUUUCAUAGGUAGGCCAAAACACAAAAAAUAUAUGUUAAUAAUGUGUCUAUAUCAAUUGUUACAAUUUUCAAUUUGUAUAUUAGUAAUAUAUAAAUAAUAAUUUGUUUAGGGUUUGUACGGGCUUGAUGGAGCAUGCGUUCCAGUUACUUACAGCUGAAGUAUAUGCAGAAUGGGUGUGCGACAAAUGUCUUCAAACAAAAAAUAUACCUUUAGUCAAAUAUAAACCCUAACGAAUAUAUUAUUUCGUUAUCUCAACACUGAUGACUAUAGUCUCCACACAUGGCGCAAAACAACUUUGCAGUGCUUCUGAUGGUUACAACAAUGUACUUAAUCUCGACUUUUCGAGUAUUAAUGCAAUUUUUAAAACCUGUAAUUCGUGGAUUAUAUGAAAUCAAAAGUUAUUUUUGAGCUAUUGUCAGUUUUAUAAUUUUGGUUAUAUAUAUAUAUAUAUUUAUUUAUAUAUGACAUGUUCGUAUGUAUACAUAUAUAUAUAAAAAUAUAUAUAUUUUUUAUCGAGCUACGACUGAGGUUUGGAAUGAUUAAUGUGUGGCAUAAAAGAAAUCCUCUCUUGUACUCAUCAGUAUUUCAACUACUUGCAUACAUUGAGCAUUUUGCCAUUUGAUUUUUAUUUGGCAUUUAAAAAAAAAAAAUCUUAAGUUCCUUCAUAUAUACAACAAAAUGGGCCUUUUCCUUUUCAAUAUAUUAAUGCAUCAUAUUUUUGCCACUUUUAUCUUCUUCAUUAUCUUUAUUGUUUUAUUUUUAUUACUUUUUUCCAUAACUGAAUCAUUUUUUUGUAUUUUGCAAAAUACGCUUAAACCAAUGUAAUGAUCUAUUACAUAUAUAUUUGUGUAUAACUGUAACCGUAAAUACUGGUAUUUACAAUCAAUACUGUGUAACGAAAGCAAUUUUUUUUAGAAAAUAAUUUAACAACAAUCAAUAUGUUUGUAUAUAGUUAGUUCAAUUAAAAAACAAAAGAAAUCGACAAAUUUUAGAACUUAAGAAUGUAAGUUCUAAAUGUUUUACAUGUAACUAAAUAAAAUAAAUUGAAAAUUUGUAAAUUGUGUUUUAAUUAUAAUACAUAUUUGUAACCAAUGUUGGUUACAAUUCAAAAUAAUAAAUUAAUGGAAAUUAGAGGUUGAACAAUGAACAUAUCAACUUUUAUUCGACCCGCCGCUAAUUUUAACUUAUUCCAGUGUAAAUAAUAAAAAAGUUAAAAAUUAAUAUUAUUACAUUUUUGAAUCGAUAGUGGCUGUGUGAAAGCUUGUCUAAAGAACCGUACAAAUUAUUUUAUUGACUUUGUUUGAGCCAAUACAAAUCAUGAAAAAUUAUAAAGUUAACUAUGGUAUUUUGUGGCACAAUUAAAAAAAUGUGAUAAACAUAUAUUACAGAUGAUUAAUUAGAUUGAUUGUGUUUUAAUUUAUUUUUAAAAAUAUUUAUAUUCAAAUAGUUAACUUAAUUUGAAUCUUUCUCCUAACAUUAAGUUUUUCAAGUAAUUUAUAUUUCGAUGUUUUCUUCGGAUUAGUUAAGAUUUGAACAAACAAGAAUAAACCGUACGAUUUUAUUGAUUAUUAAGAUCAUUCUUAAAAAAAUUAUACAAUUAAAAAGUAAAUUAUUACAGUAUGAACUUCGGUUUUAUGUGUUUUAUGACAUGAUUUAUUAUGCCUAUUUAUUGUUUGUAUUGUGUAUGUUAUCUUUAUUCCGACUUUGGUAACAAUGAAGUCUGAACAUCUAUCAUGUAGGCAACCUGACUGUUGGGUAGUUUUUCUCUUAAUUUGAGUAAACAAUUAAUUACAUGGUUAAACUUCUGAUCGCAAUAUUACAAGAACCU